GCAACAGACGUCGGAGCGGCGGGGUUCUCCUUCUGCACUUCGUCAGGUGUCGUGUCCAACGGUCGAAUAUUUCGAAAUGUGUUUUAUGUGCGGGGUGUGAUGUUGUCGCCGGCCGCCCCGUUUGUUGCCAUUCGUGUGCGCGCGUGAGGGUUGUUCGUUCGGGUGGUCAUCUACACGUGGUGCGUUUCAUGGCAGACAUCUUCCGGCGGCUACCGCUCCUGUUACUAGCAUCUCUUCUGCUGCUUCUUCUCAUCUUUUUGCGCGCCUUCGUCGUGACGCGGCCUCGUGGGCGUAGACAGAGACGACGAGUGGAUAGGAAGACGACGAUGGACAGGCGGGACAGCUCCGUCGGACAGCAGAGACGUGUGGUGGAUUUCUCCAUUCCUGAUCGGCCCCGGUCCGGCCAUCGACCCGCCACAUAUGACCCGUCCUUGUACAGUCAUCUUCCACCGCACGAACAGCCGCUACCGUCGGAUCUGGAGGACGCCUGGGUUGAGGACCUGUCGCACACACUUCCUCUGUGGAGUGGAUGUACGCAGGAGUGGACGAGCAGGCAGUGCCAGCAGAGGGAAGCAGGGACCACGCGCGAGUCGUUCACCGCAUUGCUGGAGGAGGGUGUCGACAACGCCGCCACGGAGCUUGUGGACUUGGAUUUCAGAUUGUGCAGCGGGAGUGGUGCAAGUGGUCCGAUCCACGGCGCAGGGGUGGUGGGAUCGCCAACGUUGGGAGGAGGAUCGUCCCGUGUCGGUGGGCCGACGAAUGGGUGUCCUCCACCGGUCCCGAGUUCCAUGGGCGCCGGGCCACUUGGCGAGUCGUCAAGGGCAGUGACACCCAUCCGCCCGUCGGUGUCUUCGCCUACAAUGCGGCAGAGGGUGACCGCAAGUGCUGCAAUCAAUGAUGGGACUCCACCGGAAGACAUCGGGAGGCAGGCGUGGGAGAUCUGCCGCCUACAGAUGCGGCGUGCUGCCACGGAGAACAUAACCACCGGUGUGUCCAGGCUUCGUGUGGGGAGCGACGUGGAUGCGGACGACAGGCGUCGGGCGAGUGGGGACCAGUCUCCGGAUCCCCGUUACGAAGAGGACGCGGAAGACGGUGAGGGGCUGGAGAUCCGACCCGUGGCUGCGCGUGGUGGACGGAGGGGAGGACGCGGACGUCAGCAGAGGGGCGAGUCUCGUUGUGGUCGAGGAUCGAGGACUCCUGUGGGCGACAAGGGUGGCAAGCACCCAGCUUGGAGUGUGGAGGAGAUGCUGAAGGUCGCUCGAGCGAAGCGGGAUCAGCAAGCUCAUUUCGAGGGAAUGCCACACAACUACGGCUGCAUGCGCAACAGGGAGUGGAAGUUGCUGGACCUGCAGAAGCGGCUGGCGGAGGUCGGAGUGGACAGGACAACGAACGACAUAGGGAAGAAGUGGGACGUCUUCCAGCAGUACAAGAAGGUGCAGCGUUACCAGAACAUUUCCGGUGGGAAGAACUUCUUCACAUUAAUUCCUGCAAUGAUGAUCAUCUGCGAGUGUGUUAAUUCGACCUAGCCCAGCAAUUGAACGGUGUGUCCCGUUGGAAUGUGACGAUGCGUUCCCUCAAAUCUCACUUUCUCCUGU